ACCCAAGAGCAAAAGCUGUGAUACGCAAGGCACAGAUCUACAAGGUUAUGUGUGUUGCAAGCGGGACGCGGGAGUUCCACGCAGCGAGGAGCAUCCCAAGGGCAUCAGAGCACGCAUUUUGGAAACCCUUGUAAUGCUUAUUCUUCUUGCACUGCUUAUCCUUGGAAUCGUAUGGGUGGCUUCAGCACUCAUAGACAACGAUGCUGCCAGUAUGGAGUCUUUGUAUGACCUCUGGGAAUUCUACCUCCCAUAUUUGUAUUCCUGUAUAUCACUGAUGGGAUGCUUGUUACUUCUGUUAUGCACACCAGUGGGGCUUUCACGGAUGUUUACAGUAAUGGGUCAGUUGCUGGUGAAGCCAACAAUCCUUGAAGACCUAGAUGAGCAGAUGUAUAUCAUCACUUUAGAGGAAGAAGCAAUUCAGAGGAGGCUUAAUGGUGUAUCUUCCACGGUGGAAUACCAGACAGUGGAGUUGGAACGGGAGCUUGAAAAAGUGAAGAGCAAGAAAACAAAUCUAGAACGGCGGAAAAAAGCUUCUGCUUGGGAAAGGAAUUUGGUCUAUCCAGCUGUCAUGAUAUUGCUACUGAUUGAGACAUCCAUCUCAGUCCUCCUAGUUGCUCUCAACAUUCUUUACCUGCUGGUUGAUGAGACCGCAAUGCCAAAGGGCUCAGGGGGACCUGGAAUAGGAAAUGCCUCCCUAUCCACCUUCGGUUUUGUGGGAGCAGCGCUUGAAAUCAUUUUGAUUUUCUAUCUUAUGGUAUCCUCUGUCGUCGGCUUCUACAGUCUGCGUUUUUUUGAAAACUUCACUCCCAGGAAGGAUGACACAACUAUGACAAAGAUCAUUGGAAACUGUGUCUCAAUCUUGGUGCUGAGCUCUGCUUUGCCAGUGAUGUCAAGGACACUGGGAAUCACCAGAUUUGAUCUGCUUGGAGACUUCGGAAGGUUUAACUGGUUGGGAAACUUCUAUAUUGUUUUAUCUUACAACUUGCUCUUUGCUAUCAUGACAACAUUAUGUUUGGUCAGAAAGUUCACUUCCGCGGUGCGAGAAGAGCUCCUGAAGGCAUUAGGAUUAGAUAAACUUCAUCUGUCAAACAAUCCAAGAGACUCGGAGACAAAGCCAUCUGCAAAUGGGCAUCAGAAAACACUGUGAUUAAGAAUCGCCUGUGAUCAACAGAGCUGAAAACAUCAACCUCACGGCAUUCCGGUCAUCUCACCGGCAUUUUUAUGUUCAUUUCAUUUGUCGAUAAGUUGGGUCCAACCUUGUCUCACUUUUUCUUUUUUUGAUGCUGUGUGCUUCUGAGAAAGUUGGGUGUACCAGAUUCUUCUCUUUCCAGUGAACUUUUGGUCUGCUUGUUUCUUUCCCAGUGAGUUAAUGCAGGAGGUGCCUUGAAGACUGGAAGCUGAGGAGAACAAUGCAUUCCUUUUUAUUUGUUGACAGUCUCGCAUAUUUAGAUACAAACCUGCUACCAUUUGAAUGCACAGUACCUCCUGUGUUACACAGACACAGCCGAAGAGUAACUUUGG